AUGCCUUUCGUGCCCACGUUCGGCGCAAAACUUCACGAGUUGGUGUCCUCCGGGCACGACUGCAUCGGCUGGAGCGAGGACGGUACGCACGUAUGGGUCACCAACCCCGAGCGGCUCGCUCGAGACGUCAUUCCCAGGUUCUUCGGCCACUGCAGCUAUCCGUCUCUCUCACGGUCGCUUCACGCGCACUCAUUCACAAUCAGCCCGGGCUCAAACAACACGUGGCACCACAUGUCGUUCCGCCGCGAUGCGCCCGCGCUGGCCAAGACCAUCAUGCGCAAGCGCCCGAAGCCUAACGAGCGGCGGAGACCGGAGGCGCCCCAAGACCCUCACGUGUCGCGGGCGCCGAACGCGGAGUCGGCUUUGGCGCGGUUGUGCGAAGAGCUCCGCGAGGAGGAGCAGGCCGGCGAAACGCUCAUGCUGACACUCGAGCGGACGCUCGGCUGCGGCCGCCCUCUCGGGCACACCGGCCCCUGCGGCUCCGCCGUGCUCAUUGGGAAGCGAGCGCGCGUGCUCACCGCCAAGGCGCGGGAGGCGAUGGCGGGAGACUCGGAGUAG